CACUUAUUAAUGUUCAAAAAAUACCUUGGUGUAAAUAAUGGUUAGACUUUUGUCAUAUUUAUCCCUAUCGAGAAUAGAAGAAGUCUCUUACCAUCCCAACAAAUCCCUCGUUUUCCCUCAGACUCUCUUCCACUUUCGAUACGGUAAGAAGAAUCAUACCAGUUGAAUUCCUGGCCAGCGUAUACUAAAAGAACAGAAUAGCGGUGCUUAGCUGCGUGACUAUGAAAUGAAAGUGCUCUCCGCUGAGAGAGUUCAUCACCUCAUCUUCAUCCACCGCAGAUUCGCCGGAACUAGUGGCGAACGUAUGGCGGAGUGAACAAUCGAGGCCUUUUUCUGCUCAUUUCUGAAUCCUCUACAGCAUCGGAAUCAUGGCAUUCUGGUGGCCGCUCAUCGUUCUCGCCUUCGCUUUCGCGAUCUGCCGACUCCUCCUCAUGCUCAUCCCUCCCAACGUCCCCUCCAUCGCCGUCGACACAUCUGACGUGUUGGAAGACGGGAAUUGCACAAAGGAGAAUAGCUUCAUAUACAUACCUUCAAGAAGACAAACUGACAAAGUCCAGUGCUAUGAGCCAGCAACUAUGAAGUACCUAGGCUUCCAUUCAGCGUUCAAGCCUGAUGAGGUUAAGGAACGUGUAGAAGAAGCUAGGAAGGCUCAAAAGCUAUGGUCAAAGAGUAGCUUUAAGCAAAGGAGACAGUUUCUACGUAUCCUCCUGAAGUAUAUACUUGAACAUCAAGAGCUAAUAUGCAAAAUUUCCUCACGUGAUACUGGAAAGACAAUGGUUGAUGCUUCAUUGGGAGAAAUAAUGACAACUUGUGAAAAAAUCACUUGGCUUCUUUCAGAGGGUGAAAAAUGGUUAAAGCCUGAGUACCGCUCAACUGGAAGAUCAAUGCUUCACAAGAAAGCCAGAGUGGAGUUCCACCCCCUUGGUGUUAUUGGAGCAAUUGUUUCGUGGAAUUAUCCAUUUCACAAUAUAUUCAAUCCAAUGUUGGCUGCAGUCUUCUCAGGGAAUGGCAUUGUGAUCAAGGUCUCUGAACAUGCUAGUUGGUCUGGAUGCUUCUAUCUACGGAUAAUACAAACAGCUCUUGCUGCUGUUGGAGCUCCUGAAAACUUGGUUGAUAUAAUAACAGGCUUUGCUGAAACUGGAAAAGCACUUGUUAGUUCUGUUGACAAGGUUAUAUUUGUUGGAUCACCAGAAGUGGGCAGAUCGAUUAUGAGCAAUGCAGCAAAUAAACUGAUACCAGUUACACUGGAACUCGGUGGAAAAGAUGCAUUUAUUGUCUGUGAAGAUGUUGAUGUGCCUCAUGUUGCUCAAGUAGCUGCUAGGGCAGCUUUACAGUCAAGCGGGCAGAACUGUGCUGGAGCAGAACGCUUUUAUGUACAUAAAAACAUAUAUUCAUCUUUUGUUGCUGAAGUAGUGAAAAUCGUCAAAUCUGUUACUGCAGGUCCUCCUCUGGCCGGAAAGUAUGAUAUGGGAGCAAUAUGCAUGCAAGAGCAUUCUGAAAAGCUUCAUAAUCUAGUGAACGAUGCCCUGGAAAAUGGUGCUGAAAUUGCUGGUAGAGGAAGUGUCAGAGAUAUUGGUGAAGGUGCUGUUGACCAGUACUUUCCCCCGACUGUGGUUGUUAAUGUGAACCACACCAUGAAAUUGAUGCAGGAGGAGACUUUUGGACCGAUCUUGCCAAUAAUGAAAUUCAGCUCGGAUGAAGAAGCUAUUAGGCUUGCAAAUGAUUCAAAGUAUGGGCUUGGCUGUGCAGUCUUUUCGGGAAGCCAGCGCCGUGCUAAGCAAAUAGCAUCACAAAUACAUUGUGGCGUGGCUGCUAUCAAUGACUUUGCUUCAAAUUACAUGUGUCAGUCAUUACCAUUUGGCGGUGUGAAAGAUAGUGGAUUUGGGAGAUUUGCUGGUAUUGAAGGGUUGAGGGGUUGCUGUCUGGUCAAAUCUGUUGUGGAAGAUCGAUGGUGGCCUUUGAUCAAAACUAAGAUCCCGAAACCCAUACAGUAUCCGGUGGCAGAGAACGGGUUUGAGUUUCAAGUCUCUCUCGUCGAAGCUCUCUAUGGCAUAAACAUUUGGGACCGGUUGAGGGCGUUAUUGCAUGUUCUGAAGAUUAUUAGAGAGCAUAACUCUUCUGCAGGUACGAAAAAAGAAAAUGGCCGCGGCCCCACUACCAGGUAGGUGUUAUUAAGAUGGACUCUACACCUCUGAAUUCUGUAACUAUGAAAUCUCUAUUUUCACCAUUUAACAUCCUAACUUUUGGUGGAUUCUAGUAGCAACAUUCUAAGUAAGUACUCCCAGUUUCUCAGCUUACUUUUCCUCCAUCAAAUCCAAACCAACUUGGCUCUGCCUUUAUAAAAACAUAUAGAAAAGCUCAUGUUACAUCACUUUUUAUAGGUAAAAUC